AUGACUACAUCAAUUCUUUCUCCUCCUGUGCCACUGUUAUGUCCAUCCGUGGAGCCUCACCAUGGCUCCCUACCCUAUACCCUGGAUGAUCUCGUUGGAGAUAUCAAGGCACAUCUCGGUAAAUCUGGAGGCAUUGGAUAUGCCAAUAUUAACUCAGACUACUUGAUGUCUCUUGCUCAGAAAUACAAUUCGAACCCCAAUGAUUGGGCGCGUUACUACCACAACUGUGCCGAGAAGAGCUAUACCCGAAACACCAUCGAGAAUAUAAACUCAAGAGCCAACAUUCAAGAUCUAAUACAUUACAAGCUUCUCCUCGUCUGGAAUCCAGGAAAGGGAUCGCCCGUGCACGAUCACGCCAACGCGCACUGCGUUCUGAAGGUGUUGGCCGGCGAGCUGACGGAGACGAUCUACGAUACCCCGGAGGAUGAAGGCCAUCCAUUGCGCGUCAAGAAACAAUCGACGUACCACACAGACCAGGUCACAUACAUGUCAGAUGAGAUUGGGCUUCACCGGGUGCACAAUCCGCAUCCCACACAAGUCGCUGUCUCCCUACACCUCUAUACCCCUCCGAAUGCUGCCGAUAUCGGGUACAAUGUCUUCGACGAAGAGACAGGAAAAGCGAGUUUUAUCACUCAGGCAAAGUCGCUAGGCGCAGGCAGAAGCUAA